AUGGUGCUUCCCCUGCUGUGGUAUACUGCAGUGACUUGCCACGCCCCCGACUCGGUGGUGUCGGAAAUUGAAGACAUUGCCCUCGACUUCGUGCAUGCCAAAUAUUGCUACCUGCUCCGGCUACGCACCAUGGUCAAGGUUCUCGCUCACCAAGGCGCGUCAACUAUCGUUUUGCCUUGGUUGGAUCCCAUUGUCGACCUCAUGCACCAAGUUGUGUCGCCCGCUGGCCAUGGCCUGGAUAUUCUUUUCCUUCCCAUUCCAAGACAAGCACGAAGCACCGAGUCGUCUGCUCUCACUUGGUCGUUUCUGGUCAACCUUUCGCCUAUUUCUACUUAG